GCCUGAGGCAGAGUGGGGGCAAGGUUUGAGUAAACAUGUUGAUCAGACCACACCUUCUUAUGGUAUGGGGGCAUAUCAGAUGUAUCUAUCUUGACGUACAGUUCCCUGGCAUUUGUCUUCUAUCUUGUUAGGAUUUCACACUUGAGGUGAAAUAAAGCUGUUAAACCAUGAGCUUCUCUCAGGAAAAAAAAGAUGGCAACCCCAGCACUGUAUCAGUGCAAUUCCCCUCUCAGGUUUAGUUUAGCCUUCUUUUCUUCAGCUUCUUGCUUUCUCCCCUUGACCUCUCAGGUCUCUGUCUCUCCUGCUUCUCCGUCCAUUAGAUCCAUGCUUCCUAGCCCACUGUGUUUUGUUUGGCCACUCUGUCUGUUUAUCUCCUCCACCCUGCAAGAGCUUACAGCCCCUCCUGUCCUUUGCUCUGCAUAAAAUGUUCCUCACAGCCAAACUUUCAUUUCCCUCACAGAAGCUGCACUGUUUGCCAGUAUUCUGUUGCUGACACCAGUGCCCUGAGAAGCUUGAAUGUUUUUGAACAUUCUCUGGCAUCAUGCCGAUGAUCCCACCUACCUAUCUGUCAGGCUUGAGAUGUCAGGUUACAUCCUACUUGCUGCCCUUUCACCAAUCAACAACUGAAGCAUGUGAUCAGGAGCAUCAUGGAGGGUGCAGAUUACCAGUUGCCUUCUGCCAACUCAGCCAGUGUGGCCCUCCCUUCUCCCUCCUCCUCCUCCUCCUGCGAUGGAGCUGACACCCUGGCUUUCAAUGGAGAGCUGGACCUGCAACGCUACUCCAAUGGGCCGGGGGGACCAGGGGGUGAGGCACGCCCUUACCCUUGUCCCAUCUGUGGCAAGCGCUUUCGCUUCAACAGCAUCCUGGCUCUUCACACACGCAUCCACACCAGCUCCUACCCUCUCACCUGCCCCUACUGUGGCCAUCGGGCGGGGCAGCGUGCCAGCCUGCGCCUUCACCUGCGCUCCCAUUGUCCCGAGGCCUGUGCCCGCCUCAGCCACCAGAGCCGCCUGCUUCUUGAGUUGGAGGAGCGGGCACUUCUGCGGGGACAAGAGGAGGAGGAGGAGGAGGAGGAGGAAGAACAAGUUGCUCCAGUUCCACCUCCACCCCUGCCCACCUUCCGCUGCCCUUUUUGCAAGGGCAAGUUCCGCACAGCAGGUGAGCGAGAGCGCCACCUCCGCAUCCUUCAUCAGCCGUACAAGUGUGGACAGUGCUCCUUUGCUGCCACCCAGGAGGUAGAACUGCAGUGGCACAACCAACAAGCUCAUGGCCUUCCUACUGCUAAGCCGCCUACCCCUCCCGCCCCUGUCCCCACUGCAGCAGUCCCACCCACUCCACCUGCUUCCACCCCUGCUGCUCCCUCUGCUGCCACACCUACUGAGUUCCGUUGCCAGGUUUGUGGCCAAGCUUUCACCCAGUCCUGGUUCCUCAAGGGCCAUAUGCGGAAGCACAAAGACUCCUUCGACCACAAGUGCCAGGUGUGUGGGCGUGGCUUCAAGGAGCCUUGGUUCCUCAAAAACCACAUGAAGGUUCAUCUCAGCAAGCUUGGCCUCCAGAGUGAACAAAGAGGCCCGGGGCCAGGCCGGUCAGCCCAAAGCUUACUUGUAGGCUGUGAGGCCCUCUAUCCUUCACUGCUCUCUCCUCGGCCCACAGACAAGGCCAGCACAGGCAAUUUCUUGGGCUACGGCGAUGCCAGCUGUGCCGAGCGACUGCAGGCUACAGCUCGGGCAGUGGAAAGCAGCCAGCAGUGGAGGGAGCGUCCUUAUGCGGGAAGUUCCAAGCUGGUGAGAGAGGACCCAGGAGGGACCUACCGCUGCCCGGACUGCACCCGGACCUUUGGCACAUUCCAGCAAAUGGCCUUGCACCGACAAAGCCACCUGUCCCGAGAGAGGGAGUGGACCAAGGGGCAGUCACUGGGCUCUCACCUUCUCACAGGACACUGGCUCCCCACAAAUGUCAGAGCCUCCACUGCAGCCAGCACCAGCCUGUCUCUGCUGACCCAGGAGGAAAAGGAUUUGCAGGGGCAGUCGCGACUGGACGGCUCCCGACGGGGGACUGGGAAAGAUUGUCCGUUCUGUGGGAAAUCCUUCAGAUCCUCCCACCAUCUCAAGGUGCACCUCCGUGUCCACACAGGUGAGCGCCCGUACAAAUGCCCUCACUGUGACUAUGCUGGCACACAGUCUGGUUCCCUCAAGUACCACUUGCAGCGCCAUCACCGGGAGCAAAAGAGUGCUGCUGCCGCCGCUGCAGCAGCAGCAGCAGCAGCAGCAGGAACCUUAGAACGGUGCCACAUACCCCUUGCUCCCACUGCGGUCCCUGCCUUUCCCACUACACAGCUUGCCAAGAGUCAUGGGCCUUUCCUAUCUCUGGGAGGCUUGGGUCCAGCUCGAUCCCGUUCAUCCCGCCGUAAGCCGCUGCUCAAUGGAAAGGCCGACUUCCAGCCCUUGGACCUGUCACUGCGCCCGGCCCUGGCAGGAGGAGCCCUCCACCGCUGCCAAUUCUGUCCCUUUGCCACCUCGGCUCCCGAGCUCAUGGAAUUACAUCUUCAAGUCCACCACAGCCGGAAAGCCCGUACCCGCCGCUGCUCUCAUACUGCCCCUAAACCCCGGGUGGUAGUGGAGGAAGAGUUGUCUGAACCCCAGAGCCCCCAGCUGAAACCACCUGAGUCUCUAAGCCCAAAGGGGGAGAUGACCAAACCGCACAACCUCUGGCAUUCAGAAGACCAGGGAGAACUUCCCAGGCUCGAGUUGCCCAGAAGGAAGCAGAUCCUCAAUCGAGCAAUAGUUGCCAGUCUCUCUCCUGGAGCUGCACCAGCUAAGCAAGAUUGGGAGAGCCUGUCGCAAGACUCUGAGGAGCCAAGACCUGAAGAGGAAUUGCUUGGCCCCAAGGUCCAAAAGGGGCCACACCAGGAGACAUCUAAGACAGGCCAAGGCCUCAUGGAAUUGCAGUUGGAGCCAGUGCAAGCUUGAUUACAUCUACUCUGCAUAUAUAAAUCAGUUUUGAACCUGUUUAACUGUCACGGCAACUCCCAAACACCCUGGGAACUGUAGCUCAUUUCUAUUAAGUGGCACUCUGUAAUAAAGAAUUCUCAACCACCCUAUAAAUUUACAAUUCCCAGAGUUCACAGGGAGGGUCUUCGAUAGCCCAUAGCUUAGUGGUAGAGCCCAUGGUUUGCAUGUAUGAAGGUCCCAGGUUCAGUCCUUUAUAUCUCUAGCCAAAAGAGGUAGGGCUCAGAAAGGCCCUACCUGAGACCUUGAAUGGACACUGCAAGUCAAAGCAGAAAACACGUGGCUCAAUGGACCAAUGGUCCAGCGCAAUAAAAGACAGCUUCAUAAGACAGUUAAACCAGUUUCAGACCUGUUUACAUUUGUAGUAUAGAUGUGCAGAGACUGGAAGAGGCAGUAAGAUGCCACCCCACAAUCAACAGGGUCGUUCACUCAACUAUGAGGUGUCAAGGUAGAAGGUUGGGUUGCCAACUUUUUUUUUGAAACAGGUCUUUCUGUCUUUAACAGCAAUAAGACUGGCAGAAAUUCAAGAGGCGCAGACAUUCUCUGUCAUGCAGCUGUUUACAGUACAGAAGCCCCAUCUGGAAAAGUGCCAACUCUCGGAUGUAGACGGGAGAAGCUGUGAUAUGGUUGGGGUGUGGAAUUGGUUUAAGGGGCAGCGAUGCUGUAAAAGUCUUAGUCAAAACAGGGUUUUGGGGUGAGGUGCAUGGAAUCUGUUUGAUUCCAACACCUUGUUCUCUCCUCAGUUCUGGGCUUGAUGCUGCUUCUUUUGAUGCCGCUGUCUGAGGAAUUGGGCCCUUUCAGGACCUCAGGGCACAAAUAUAGGGUUGAUAGGCCCCAUAUGGCACAAGACGCCUGAUAUAUACCAUGAAUGGUUUUGUAAAAGGGGAGCAUUUGUGCCAGUGCAGCUUUUCCCCCUCCAUGAUGCUGCUGUGGUGGGGGAAGCUGACUGUCAAGAUUCUCCUUUUAAUGACACAGGAGCCCUGUCUCCAUCAGGCCUGUUUAUCCUGUUCAGAGCUUGGAAAAGUUACUUUUUUAAACUACAACUCCCAUCAGCCCCAGCCAGCAUGGCCACUGGAUUGGGCUGAUGGGAGUUGUAGUUCAAAAAAGUAACUUUUCCAAGCUCUGAUCCUGUUAAGCGCCACAGAGGCAGGGCAGGCUGCACCAACCUCUCUUUUCCUGAGGGGACUCAAGUACCUGUGAUUUGGCCUCAUCUCCAUAGCAUCAAGGUGCCACAGUCUCGUGUGCGUAGCAAGUGACCCAGUGCCAGCAAGUUAUCUCCGUAGUGACCCAGCGACAGAGCUUUGUUUCUGUAGUGAACUGGCAUGUCAGGGAGCUUGACAACUUCUAGAGUUUUCUAUUUUUUUAUUGUUUUCUUGUAGAAAAUUUGAAACUGGAAAUAAAAAUUAAAAUGAGAAAUGACUAAUGCUUGUGUGUGUGAGAGAGUGUGUGCACGCGACUUGAUCAGUGUCCUCAACGCAAUCCCUAUCAACAGAUUGCCCUCCAGUAGGUUUGUAGCUGCUGCUUCAAGCUCCCUGUUUGAAAAAUGGCCCCAGAACAAUUACAGUAUUACCAUAAGUUGACUGUUCUUGAAAUAGUGCAGAAAUAUGUUGAGGAGUAACUAAUUUUUACCAGAUUUUCUGUUUUUUUAAUAUCUGAGGACUGACAACUAAUUUCUGAAAUGAUACAUGCCUGGAUUUCAGCUCAUCUAAAUUAAACAAUCUCACAG